CUCUCGCAUGGCUCCGGCACUCGAGGCCAGAUCGCCGGUCACGGAGUUGCAGGUCCGGAUGGACUGCGGCGGCUGCGUGCACAAGAUCAAGAAGGCAGUGCACAGCGUCCAUGGAGUGCAUGACAUCCAUGUAGACUUCGCCCGGCAGAAGCUGACGGUGGUGGGGAGUGCUGAUCCGGAGAUGGUGGUGAAGGCCAUCAAGAAGGCGGGGAAGUUCGCCACCAUCUGCUCCCACUCGGAACCAGCUGCCGAGCCCGGCGGGUCCGAGCCGGCGGCCGACGCUGCUGACCAGCCUCCAAGCGAGUCUCCUCCGGAAACACCGGAAGAGCCACCUAAAGAUGCUCCCCAAGUGACCCCAUCCGCGGAUGCCAAAGACGAAGUAGCAGAACCAGAAGGCGCGGCGGAGAUCCAUAUGGUGCAUCACUACCCGUACAGCUUCGUCCACAGGGAGCAGUGGAGCCAUGACCCCUCGGGCGCGCAUGAGAGCAGAUACGAGGAGCCUUUUGUCAUGCACAGCUACGGUAUCAGCAGCGGCCAUAGGCCGCAUCCUUACGUAUCGGCUGCACGAGACAUGAGGUACGGCAGCGGAGAUGGAAGCCAGAUUGCCACUAUGUUCAGUGACGAGAACCCAAAUGCCUGCACCAUAAUCUGAGGUCGCAGAAGAAUGAACGACAAG